AUGCCAAAAUUAAAAGCAAAACUGCCAUUGUUGGGUCACCUAAUGCCCGCUUUUGCUUUAUUUGUAAUUCUAUUUCCUGCUGUUUGUUUUGCUAGGCGUCUUAUUAACCAAGACUGCGGCUCUACUUUCUGUGGGAAUUUGAAUAUCAGUUUUCCAUUCCGAUUAAAAAACCAACCUCCCCAGUGUGGUCAUUAUGGCUUUGAAUUUGAGUGUGAGAACAAUAAUCGCACCAUUUUGGUCGAUAAAGAAGGGAAAUUCUCUGUCCAACAAAUCUUUUACGAAAAUUAUACAAUACGAAUGGUUGAUGCGAGCUUGGACACGGAUGAUUGCAACUCCCUUCCUCUUACUUCUGUAUAUUAUUAUUAUUAUACUUAUGAUUAUGAACUAUCAUCUUUUUACCUUUCUUCUUCUAAUAAUAAUAAUUAUUAUUAUAAUAAAUAUUAUUAUGAUGGAAGGUUAGAGAUCAGCAUUAUUUAUGUUAUGAAUUGCACGAAACCUAUAAAAUCAUCACUUUAUAUUGAAGCUUCUCGUUGUACCAUCAAAUAUAAUAUCUCCUCUUCCCUUCCAACUUCCCAUUUCUAUUUUUUAAAUGGAAACACCCACUCAUCUGAUAUCAAUCAAGCUUGCACUAUUGAAGCGGAGGUUCCAAUUAUGACUGAUAAUAUAAUAGGCAUGUCUACACUGAAUAUCUACAAAAAACUAUUAGAGGGUUUUUGGGUCGAAUGGGAUAGAUGCAAUUACCAGAGUUGCUAUAACAAAGUUUGGUUUAAAAGACUAUUGAAUGAAGUUAAAAUUGGUUUGAGAAGAUACCGAAAGAGCUUUGAACAUUUCAUUUUCCAUGGGCCCUAUCGACCCGGUGCUAGUGAAAUGUAUAAAACAAUUUAUGAUCACUCUGUUGAAGCAACAGUUGGAGUUAUCUCAUCGAGGUCGUUGCCUGCGAUAAUUUUUUUGCUUGCUCUUGUUACAUACAAAUGGAGAAGAAGACAUUUAUCUAUGGAUGAUAGGAUCGAAGAGUUCCUUCAAAGCCAAAACAAUCUUGUUCCCCUUAGGUAUUCCUAUAAAGAAAUUAAAAAAAUGACUAAAAGUUUUAAAGAUAAAUUAGGUGAAGGGGGUUAUGGCUCAGUAUUUAAAGGGAAGCUUCGUAGUGGGCAUCACGUGGCUGUAAAAUUGCUGGGCAAAUCAAAGGGUAAUGGCCAAGAUUUCAUAAAUGAAGUUGCUUCUAUUGGGAGAAUUCAUCAUGCCAAUGUGGCAAAACUUAUUGGAUUUUGUGUGGAGGGAUCAAAGCAAGCUCUGGUAUAUGACUUCAUGUCUAAUGGAUCUUUAGAUAAAAUCAUAUUUACAGAAGAAAAUAAGAACACUUUGGGCUGGAAAAAAAUGUUUGAUAUUGUGCUUGGGGUGGCUCAAGGAAUUCACUACUUGCAUCAAGGGUGUGACAUGCAAAUUCUACAUUUUGAUAUCAAGCCACACAAUAUUCUUCUUGAUGAGAAUUUUAAUCCAAAAGUUUCCGAUUUUGGUCUUGCUAAAUUGUAUUCAGUAGAUGAUAGCAUUUUCUCCCUCACUGCGGCACGAGGAACAAUAGGAUAUAUUGCUCCUGAAUUGGUUUACAAAAAUCUUGGAGGCAUCUCAUACAAAGCUGACGUUUAUAGUUUUGGAAUGUUACUGAUGGAAAUGGUUGGAAGGAGAAAGAAUGUGAAUGCAUUUGCUGACCACACUAGUCAGAUCUAUUUUCCAUCUUGGAUUUAUGACCGAUUAGAUCAAGGAGAGGACAUAGAGCUAGGAGAUGUUUCUGACGAUGAAAAAGUAAUGGUGAAGAAGAUGAUAAUAACUGCCUUUUGAUGUAUACAAUUACUGCCUUCUGAUCGUCCUUCAAUGAGUAAAGUCUUGAAGAUGCUUGAAUCUGAUGUUGAACUCCUUGAGAUGCCUCCUAAGCCAUUCCAUCAACUUCCUCUUGAAACAUCAAUGGAGGUUCAUAAUUGUGAGAACUCUAAUGAUGAGCCAAGUACACCAUUGGAUAGUGUUAUUGUAGCGAGUUCAAAUAUUGCAUAAGAGGCUACUAAUGAAUCAGAGGAGAAUCCAUUGUGAUGAGGAUGUUGGUUAUCUUAUUUCGUUUUUCAUGGUUACAAUCCAAGUAUUUCUAUACUCUAAGUGUGAUGCCUAUUUCCUUUUCGAAAACAUUUUUGUUGUUGCGUUUGAGAGUGUUGGCAUUAUUGUUUUGUUGUUGACA